GAUUGAUCGUUUGGUGUUUUGUUCUCCUGGCAUUUUUUCUAUCUUUCCACGAACUUAAAUAGUCUUAUUUCAUUUAAAAGAGUUUUUAGGAGGAGAUUUGUAAUUUUACAACAUAGUAACAUGAGGAUUUGAAGGCGACGAGAAAAUAAUCAUCGAUAGCAUCUCUGACUAAUGAUGCCAGGACGAGAGACCCGUCAUCGCUGAAUUCUGGUGUCGGUACUCCUUUUAUUUUCGUUUGUGUAUUCUGAUUAUAGACCAAGACUCUUUCAUAACCAGGUAAGUGCGUGAUGUUAUCCUUUUAGGCUGAAUUUCCUGAUUUUUGUUCUGGUUGAAGUAGAAGUAGGGUUCCUCGAGUCACGUUUGUUUUGAAUUUAGCUAUAAUCGAAAGGCGUAUCAAGGGAUGCUGUAAGUUUGGCAGACGUUUGCCAUUGUCGUUGACAGGUAUAAUGUCAUCAGAAAAAUGAUUGAAAAGAUUUUGACAACUGAACUUACUGGAAGAUUACCUUAGCUCUCUUUUUACAAUAAGAAAGAUAUUUCUCAAUAAAACGCGCGUACGUUUGUAGAGUAUAUUUUGCGUGAUCAUAAAACCGGGCUGUAACCUGCCGGCACAGUUGGGAGCGGGAAAGGUUUUUAAAUUCUUAAAGUUUAUUCAACUCAUAUAUCUUACUAACAAUCAUGAAAAUGUUAAGGUUAAAACAUAAAUAGAAAAAGAUUAGAAUACUUUGAUAGUCCAAGUUAGUGAAAUUUUAAUUUGACGAUUUCAAAUUGACAAAAUUGCCUGACAGAAGCCAAUAUAUCCUAAAAGGGUUUUAAUCUUUAUUUUAACAAAUCCUUACUGACUGCGGAGACAGAAUUGUAAGAUUAUUCUUCUUCAAUGAAAUAAGGGCGUUAAAGUGCUUCCUUGCAUCUAAGGUGGCUAACCCUUACUACAGUGACUCCAACUUAACAAAAUCAUCUGACUUGAGACAAAACAAAGUUACCCCAAAGGUACUCGCUAUUUUUUCAGUGUAAAAGAAUAGUUGAGUUACUCUUUUCUCCUUAGAAAAAAAAGGUACUUAUAUUUUCUUUUUAUCUUGUCAAAGUCCUCAUAUAUACAUACGUAAGUGUUUGAAAGACGCUUUGAGUGUUAUACUUUUACUCACUGAUAUUUUCCUUUCAUAUGACAGCCUAAACCAAGCUGAGAGUCAGCGCUUACCCUAAACCAAAUGAAACUUUUUACGUUUGGACUUAUCCUUUUGUUCAUCUGGAGGGCAGAAUCAUCAGGAAGUAAGUGCCGUAUUUACCGUUUACUAAGAACUAUUGCUGGCUUCUCAUGCAAUAUCAUGAUGAAUUCUACCACUAUCGCCCCGUAUAUCCGUUAUCGGUGAUAAAAACGUUUUUACAAACAAGCUUCGAUCAGUUAGUUUAACGAAUCUUGAACAGAAUUAUAAAUCCUAAGCAUUGUAUCUAAGCAAUUUGAAUAGUUAAACCCGGAUUAAAUAAAAUAACCUCCGCUGACUUUAGAUUAACGGAGUUGAAUAUGUUUGCAAUGCAUAACUGAUUUAUUUGUGGUAAUUUAUUUACAUCUUUACCCGUAAAAUGUGCUAGAAUUUCCUUUAUCCCAUAAACGGUUGUGAGCAGACCGAACAGUUUAAUAAGACUAUAUAUCAACGAGAGUUGUUGAAGACUUAAGUUAAAGAAAUUGAUUGUGAAAAACCUGCGUACAGAUUUAUAGACAAAUGGACUAAGAAAAAUUCUGCAGCAAAAAUAUAUUUCAUUUUCUCUCCUAAUUGUAUUGAAGGGGUAACUUCACCAGAAUUUGUGUAAACUCCGCGGUGAUACUCAACAAAGUUUCAUACGGGGAAGCUCCGCCCCGAGUUCCAACCCCUUACUCUUUUAUAUGCCAUUUUUUGACAGAAGAGGUUCCCCUUUUGUAUACCUUUUGUUCACAGAUGGUACCCCUUUGACAUACUUACUAGUUUACAACUUUACAUCGCUGUUAACCGCUGAGUAAAGGGACUGUAUGUAACGAUUCCCCGACUUUCUCAAAGCGAUAAAAUGUAUUUGUUAGCCCUUUUAAGCCUUUCAUCAUCCGAAAUGACAGACUUCCCUACCCUUUCAUAACUUCAACUAGUUGGAUCCUUACCCUUUCAUAUAACUGAGGCCUGUAAAAGGUACCCCUUCCGGGCGGAGCCUCCCCGUAUAGGACCUAACCCCUCGGGUGUAAUCUACCUCGGAGACUCACAUAUAAAAGAGACGGGGUACUCGUUGUCUCGCCAAGGGGUUAUAGGAUGUGGGACGUAAAGCAUCUACGUUUUCACGUAAGCGAAAAGAUUAUGUCUAGACAACAAGAAGGAAAAAUUUGUUUUCGUAUUUUUCUCGCUUUCAGGAAAAAGACAAGAACGAACAUCUAAAGUUAAAACGCACGUCCGUCGAUCCGUGCAGGAUGACCAUGAAAAAUCUAAAGAACAUUCUUCUAAACGCCUCUACCAGAUGUUGAUGAGGAAGAAUAUUUUAACAAGAAGAAGAAGAGAAUUAAUGACAGGUCCACGUAAGUGAAUUAAUCGAUUUUGUGGCAGUCUCUUUUCAGGUUGCAAUCAAUGCGUCUUUGCCAAAACAAGGCAAAACUCGAUAAAAAUUUAUGCACUUCGUAUUUAAAAAAAAUCCUGAUAGCCGAGGCUACUUUUUCGCGAAAUAUACUACACCACAAGCGUUCGUCCCUCUUUCCUAAGUCAGGCCACACGAGGGGAGCAAAUACAAAAAGAACGCUCCUAGUCUAGAGAAUUACUGGCAUGCGAAACGUCUAGUAUAUAGCAAAAAGCAGCCUCUGUUAGCAUGGUACAUUAAAAAUACCCUUAAUUUUCCUAUGCUCUGCCAUCCUUUACUUUCAAUAAACAUUAUGGUAAUGAAUUUUAACUUGAAUACGUUAGGCCAGCAAAGAUAACCAUCCUUUAAAUCACUAAUUCCCAGGAUACGUUCAUGACUGAGGCCAGAAGACGGGCACUUGUGAAGCUUGACUUAAGAUUCAUUUUUUUACCAUCAUUUAAAAUUCACGUUUCUACUUCAUGCACUUUCGCAAAAACAUAUUUUGAAUACUGGCAUUUAAAGGCGUUUGUUGUUGUUUUUGAUUCAAGCCACUACAACUAAGGUAGAAAUAAAAUUCAGAAAUAAAUGGAUGGAGGAAAUGUCGAACUCACAAAGCUCUCAAUACAAGCUCCUUGACGGGAAUAUCGUUGACGCGGUAAGUCUUAUCCCACGUCUUUCGUUUCCGUUUCUUGGAAUUGAUAUUUAUUAUUUUUUCAAAGCUAUAAUCAGUUAGCAAACAGACUUCUGAUUGGUCUGAUCAAGCAACGCGUACAGACUUUAUAAGCAAUAUUUUGACUGACCCGACAACUAGACUUUAUCUGCUUUACAAUUGGGGAAAAACGCCAAUUUUCAAGCUUUAAAUUUGCUGUAAAGCAAAAUCAAUUUUAGCUGAUCUCCAUUUGGCUAUUUCGUUGAUCAAUCAUCUUCAUAUCAAACUAAAUCCACGUUUGUAAAGAAAACAGAACCACUAAUUUACUAAACAAAAUUACAACUGAAAAAAAAAAUAACAGAAUAGGAACGAGCACUUUUUAAAUGCAAUGAUAUAUUUUCUUUUUUGUUCAAUUUUAGAUAACCACCGAACUUAUUGGCGACACAAACUACCUAAGUUCCAGUGUGAUUGCAUUAAAGUAAGUUAAAAAUAUUACAAGGAUAAAUUUAGCACGGAAAUAAAAACUAGCACUGAAGCAAAGUUUCUUUAAGUUAAGUCUUCUUCUUGUAAAUGUUUACACUAGAUAGUAAAUUGCCAACAUCACAAAUAGAUAUGAUUAUAGUCACCUUUAGUGUUACUUUUCAGUUCUAUUUUCAAGCGAUCUAUACUACAAUUGAACCAUAUAAACCACCUUUGUAAUAGGGUCGCAUUUACUUAUCUCUACGUAGAAACUCCCCAGAACCAAAUUCUAGUGUGCUGGCAGACCUUGAACUGCAGUUUGUUCCUGGCGAGUUGGACCCAGUAAAACAUUUCCGGGGUAUUGUUUCCAGCGGACACAUUUCGGGGAUGAUGGUCUACCCCGAUUAUUUCGUUGUGCUGGGAGGUAAGAUACAUCGUCUCUUCCUUUAUAUUGGCGACAAAUUUAAAAGAAAUUGUUAUCCCGGAAGAACUCAUAUCUUUGGGGUGUUGAAGUUUUGCUUCCUGAGCCCUAUCUAGCAGUAGAUUAUAUUAAUCCGCAUUCUUUGCCUUAGUAAUUUUUCCUACUUGAGAGUAUCGUGCCCUGUGCGGCAUUGGGCGCGAAAAGGAUGACCAGGAUGAUAAUGAUGUUGAUGAUAAUGAUGAUAGGGUGUUCAACGAAUAUCUGGAGUAAAGAAGACUUAAACGAUAACGCAGAAGACUACUACAGGGUAAUAGGCAGCUCAUUGAUGAGGGCCAAUACAAACUAUUUUAUGUUGGGUAAUCUAUCUCCCCACCCUUUUCGAAUAAAGAAGAGUCAGAGUAGAGAUGACUGAUUAUUCUUUGGGGUUAUACCUUUGGUCAUAAGACCUUGCUCGGUCUAGGUCUAGCCGAACACGACUUUGUUACGGUCUAAAUAGUUUCUAAUAUUCGUAAUUUUUUUCAUUAAGCUCUUUUAAACGUCUUCAAGGGACUUGGCUAGUCAACCUCGUUCCCAGGGUUCUCUCCUACCCGUCCCUACUGGUACGAUAGAGAACCUGGGAACAAAGUUGUUCGCUAGUCUGAAAUGUCGUCUAUUCACCCCACCCCCAACUAGAGGCAACGCGAGCAAGCCGCAAGUUGCGGUGUGGGGCGAGGAGACGGAUGACCUUUCAGUCUAGGACUUGGCUCGCUCUCACUAAUAAGUCUAGUUGAACUACGAUGAGGAUGUAUUUAUUUUUCUCAUAGACAACAAGCAAAAGAUAACUGCAGAUCAACAGAGAAGCAGCAGCAUAAAAAAACCCAGUUAUCCAGUAAACAUAGAGGCUCUAAGUAAGUAAUUAAGGAUCAAAAGUCUCUAAGCUAUAGCGAGGCACUUUUCGCACACACGUUUAUCUUCUUUCAAAAAUAUAGCAUUCACCGACCAGUAACUACAAUUUUUUUAAUAUGUCUUCCUUUUAGUAAAAGAUUAUCCAUAUGAUGUAAAAAUUCAGCAGCCCUGGCAUCCCUUCCUUAGCGAUAUAAACAACCCAAAGACAAAAAGUUUGAGUUCAGGCAUUGAGAAUACUGUGAGUAUCUUUCUAUUAUCUUUUAGUAUAGGCAUGCAGUACUUUGUAAUAGGCUAUACCUGUUGGGCCUUUCUGAGGAGGAUACCCUCAAAACAGUGCCAAGACUGAGGCCGCGUGAGAUAGAUUCACCGAAGCGACUUGGGCAGGUAUACUAAUCUGCAAAAUUCCUCUUGUGAUACAAGAAUAAAAAGUAGUAAUUCGGCUGUCAGCAUCAGACUCUUUGAGAAAAAAAAUAUAUAUAUAUUUCUUAUUGAGAGAAGAUCUCUGUUUGCGUAGUUCAGAUUUGGUGCUUGAUUUAAAGCAACGACUAAGCUGUCAUGUAAUGGUGAUUGAACUGAGUGUAGUGCGCGAGUCCGCUGUUGAAAUGACGCGUAUGAUUUCGGACCAAAAUUGCACGACAUGAAGUUCAAUUACCACUUAUUACAGCCAUUUUGAAAUCGCAGAAUUCAGUCAGUACCUAUAUUUUACUUAACUAGUAGCCGCUUUGUUGAGAAGCGAAAACAAAAAGGCUUUUACAUCUUAUUUUGUAUUUGAAACAGAAAUGAUGCGAUUUAGAGCUAAAAUGGUGUGAUUCGUCAAUAAAUCACACUGUUGAGAGCCAAUCAGCUUGCGAGGAUCACCAGUGAUUUCAAAAUGGAUAUAAUAAAACCUGUUAAUUAAUUUUCUGUUUUAGUUAAGACAACUAUUUGCAGGAGAUCCCUCGUUCAUAGAUGUCAAAGUCAUCGGCUACAAGUACGUUACUGCAUAAUUAGUUAAUUGAAGUUUCACAAUUAUACAGUUAUAUCAAAUGUUGAGUAGUUUUGUCUGGUUAACGCUUUAAUCAGAUUCUUUUUUGGCUUUCUUAAAAGAUCGGUUAUCGAUUAAUGUAUCGCCUUAACAGCAAAGUAGCUCAAAGGCACUGCGAUUAAACAUGUUUGGUCAGACCUUUCUUCGAAUUUAAUUUCUCCAUAAUAUUUUAAAACUAUCGUUUCAUUGGAGACCCUUAUUACCAUUAGUUUCAAAGCCCCCAGUUAUGUACCAUACUUACUCCACACUGAAACUUUAAGUACGCUUUGAUUUUUUACAUAUCUGUGGCGCAGUUUUUUUAGUCAUAUCGUGCUAACCUCUUGUUUGUAUUUAAUAUUAGAGAAUUGUUUCUUGGGCUUUGCUAUUAUUGUUAGAAAAGUGAAACUGAGUUCCAGACUUUCCAUUUCUGCUAUAAUAAUAUACAUACAAAAAUUUCUGCAAUCUGAUUGGUGGAGAACGUUUCAAUUUAUCCUAAGUAUAGUGCAAAAAACAUGAAAUUGAAAAUGAUUAACAGGUUAGGCAAAGUUACAAAUUGGCUGCCUGGAAACAAAAUGGCGGAUCGAGUUGAAGACAGUAACACCAUUCUAAUUGAAAGUUUAAAGGAAAAUGCAAAAAACAAAGUCAACAAAGCAAAAACUGGCUAAAAGUUUGGAGAUCUUGGGCAGAGCAAAAGGGCCAUAACCAAAAAAUUGAAAACUAUGAACAGGAGGCGCUCAAGAAAAUCGUCGACGAUUUGUUUGCAACAGUGAGUAAAAAAGACGGCCAAGACUAUGACCCUGACAGUCUUCGCAUCAUGGUCACUUCAAUUGACUGUUACCUAACAGAGCAAGGUUAUAAGCAGUUAAACAGUUCGAAGUAAGUUCUAGAAGCAAAAGCUCAGUCCGCCUUUACUACAAAAAUGUAAAGGCAAGUGGCCGAAUAAGUCCCAAAAUCUGACAAACACUAAAGAAAAUGGGCUGUGGCAAAGCAAAAGGCUUGUAAAGGAGAAUCCACAAGUCCUGGUACAAACACUUUGGUAACUCCUGACUCAAUAGGUCGUCAAGAGCAUUACAGUAUGACCGUUGAAGAUUUCCGUUUUGGCUUGGACGAAAACAACAUGGAGAGCGUUGAAUUCAACGAGCAUCCGACUAAAACACGCCAGUCUGGACCGUCUGCAAAACCCCAAAGCUUUCGGUCAAAGAUUUUUGCAACUUAAGAUUACCUGUGCCCCGUUGCCAUCUUCAAAGAGUUCCUUUGCCAUCGUCCUCCCGAACUACGCACAACCGGUCCACUUUACCUCUCUUGCGUGAAAAAUCCAACUUCGCAAGUUUGGUACAAGCGGCAGCCAAUGAGAGUCAACAAAACCAACCAGAUGAUGAAGCCAAUCAUCAAGGAUACGUCGCUUAAAGAGCACAGCGCCAGGAAAAUAGUUGGUAAAAAGUUGAAGACCGCCGGCAUCAAGUAAAGUUCUAUUGUGAAACUAACGGGCCACCAAAACUUGCAGUGUCUAGAUGAUUAUGAAAGCGGACGAGAAUAAACAAACGCAGCUAUAUCACAGAAUCAGCAGCGUUUCCAAUGCCAACCAGCUCUCCCAGACAAACAUCCCAGACAAACUCUCCCAGACAAACAUCGGCACGCUCAACCGUUCACUUUCUUUGCUGCUGGCGCCCAACUUGGGCAGCCCAAGGUUUUCCUUUCUAGAUGCCCAGUUUUUCCCGGCAAAACGUCCAGCGCUAAAGAUUCAUGAAUUUCAGUUCAUUCCAUAACUGUCAAGUGACAUUUGAUGUGAGUAGUGCAAACAGAAAUUGAGUCAGUUUAAGAAAAAGCCGAGGACGGUCAUUGAUUUGAUACUCCUCUUAAGUGAAAACUUGCUAUUUUUAGAGAUAUGGUAUUUUUAACACGUUUACGUUUCAAGUAUGUCAGUCAAGCUUGUCAUUUUUAAACCAAUCAAGUACAUGUAGGCGGAGCAUUAGCCGAAAGACACGAAAUAAACAAAAGCUCGUUGGAAAUUUUUUUUAUGUAUAUUAUAAAGUAAUAACACGAUUUUUCUUAUGCAAUUUGGAAUAAAUGAACGCUUAAAAAAUUAAAAUACGUAAAAUUUUCAGAGACUACAAAUUGCACUUACCCUUUUGUUAGUCUUUGAAAAUUUUACUCGCGCUUAUCUAUGGCAAAUUGCACUCGAAAUCAUGUGAUUACCUGCACUAAUACUCUUUUUUAGAUUGGAGUACAUUAAAAACCGUUUGAUUUGUUCAAGAUGAUUCUUUUAAAUUGUCUUUAUUUUGUUAUCGUAUUAUAGCGAGGAUCCCGCAGGUAAUCCUCACGCGAGAGUAGUGCUGCGGUUCAAACCCGAUGGAACAGAUCCUGAAGAGCAGCUCAAAAAACUGAUCAGCGGUGGUCAUUUAGGGGAUGUACCUGUCUUCAACGACUACUUAAGUAAGUUUAGAUAGUUUUGGAUUGUCAUUUAUAGUAUUUUUGGUGAUUUUAGCCCUAUGAAUGCUUGCAUCUAUCACUGUUUAAAAAACUGUUUCCUACCGUUGUCGAUAUGUUUCAGAAAAUACCAUGAGAGACCCAAUAACCAUUGUCAGUAGCUUCGAUUGGUGCUGGAGUACUGUCGGCUUCGUCAAUAACAUUACUACAAGUCCAAACUAGAGUAUGGUGUCAAAAUGAUUCAGAGAUUAGGGAAACAUGAUGAACCCAUGAGGUUACAAAUUCAUUUUGCAAUCUUAGAUAACAAAACUUGACCCUAACCUCGGUCUCCCUUGCAGAUGGUCCAAUGGCUCCACCGUCUGACCAGAACGCUACGGUCCCUGCUGCCGCUCCUGUUCCAGCUCCUGAAGUAACACAAGAAACAGCUCCUUUACCUUCCGCCUCACCCGCGAACGAAACAGUGCAGAAUUAUCCCUCUGCUGCUGCACCUGCGACGCCUCAGACUACUCUGACUUACGUGAACCCUGGAGAAUGUAAGUGCUAGCUACAACCUCGGUCAAAGAAAUCUGGGAAUCUUCCGAUUCUUUGGCAUGCACAGUGUAGUCCACUCGCCCACUUGCCGUGUUGCAAAAAAAGCCCAGUUUGGGAAAGCUUAAGCGAUUUUUAACUUUGGUUUGAGGGAAGUGGACCAAGUGCCCGAACUAUUUUUUUUUUCCGUUGUACAUUAAACUUCCCUUGAGAUUUUAAACUCAAGCGCAAGGAUAAUUAUCUUUGUUUCAAGGUGAAAACAUUCUAUAAGCCAGCACACGCACAAGAUCAAAUUUUUUUCCUUUCUUUUUACUUGUAUCGGUGCAUGUGCUGUUGCGCUCGGUUGACAUAUAAGGCUUUUUAUAGGUUUCUUAUCCUUGUGCUUGUAAUGAAUUACGUCGAUGGUAACAGCCAUUCAUUCUCAGUCAAAGGUGACCAUAUCUGAAAUCCACUCUCUUUUCAAACAGCCUUGAAUGGGACACUGAAGUUAAACGAAACUUGGUAUGACUACAUGGGGAACACAACGAGCACAACCUUCAGGAUACUGGCAGGCGAAAUAGCUCAAGCUGUAAGUCUUCUCUCUGUUCACAUAGUAUCCUUCUAGUACCCGUAAUUAGCGUUUUACAGGGGAAUUAAAACUCAUAGGCCCCAGUAGUUUUGUUUUUGAAUGAUGCGCUUGUAGAAUCUUUAACUUGAAGGCAAUUUAAGGUAGCUAUGAACCCGUUCUUGCCAUUCAACUACAAUUUGCUCUACACUGUUGAUGCUUGGGCGUUGUUUAAUUGACAUGGCUGUAACAUCACCAGAGAGAGUGUGGUAUCUGAUGCUCUUAACAUUCUUGCCUUGUACAGAUCACAGGAGCAUACACUCCUUACAACUACAGCGUGACGUCUGAAGUUACGGGCUUGAGGUAACAAACUAAGAGGCUGACGUUUCUCUUUCGCUCUUGCACUAGUAAUGUAGUUUCCCUUACGUUCAUUCCCUUUUUGUUUUUUUAGCGAGACGACUGAUCAAGAAGUGCUGGCUUCAUUCACCAUUCACUUCCCUCCCGGUCAGACUCCGACCCUCGUUCCGCUGCAGCAGCUUGUACAGGGAGGAAUGCUAAGUGGGAUCCCUGUAUUUAGUGACUCUGUACAGCAAGCGGGUGAGUUAUAAUAAACCUCUUGGUCUUCUGGUUUGAAAUUUACUUCGCCAUCCAGCUUAUGCUUUAAUUGGUUUAUUUUCAGGAUAUAAUCCUGCUCCAACAUCUUCACCUUACGAGUACUUCCAGCCGAACGCCGAACCAGGUAUGGUUAGUUACGUUAAUCGAUAACUGAAACACAAGAGGAACUAGCAAGAGGGACGGCCGGGCCAGUCAUUUUGAAAAAGAAACAAAACCCUCCUCAAAAAAUUUGCCAAAACCCAUCACUGCCGCGCAUAUUAUUUAGCAAAGGACGCAUCCGGCAGAGUGUAUCCAAAUCUAUAGUUAAGGUCUCUUUUCGACGGAAAAUAUAGUUCCGUCAUGUUAUGGUAAAUAGUGAGUCCUUUAAAGACUAGAAUUGAUUUGUUCUAAUAGGACCACCGCGUUACCUCAAGGUCUGGUCAGUAGGGUGUCAUAAUUAUCACUAUCUUUUGUUUUCAAAGAUCUAUUGUGGCAUAUCUGUACCAGGUGACGGUUUGCUACUAAAAGCCUAUUCACUGGUUUCAAGAGAGAAUGAGCUAAUCUUAGAUCAUUCUCUCUUGCUGGUUUAUAACUAAAAUAAUAAUAACAAUAAAAUUUUUGCCCUCACUAGUCAACAACACAACAUCGCCAGUUUUCCAAGUUCCUGUGUUUAACCAAACAUACUCUACAGCUUCUUCAGUGGCACCUCAAACCUAUAACGCUACAGAGAACCAAUCGUAUAAUGCGACUGCAUAUCAAGCCUAUAAUGUAACAAUACCGCAGAUCUAUAAUGUCACAGAACCGGGUUCUGUCCCGCAAGCUUACCCAGUCCCUAAUGGGGAUGUCAUGACACCCACAGAACCUGUCUCAAAUUUAACUGUUCCUCAAGUAGAGACACCGACUUAUUCAGGUUAGUCUCCAAUUCAUUUUUGGAAACCUGUUUUUCUUCGAGGACCACCCGCACUUCGGCUGCGUGGCUCUAAUGGAGGUCAAAAGUGUUGGGACCUUACCAGUGAUAGUAAACCUGACAAUUACCCCCCUCCUACCCCAAACAAUGUUGAAUUUUGAGCAAAAUAGGUGGAAAUCAGUCUUUGUGGGGUCUCGAAAUUAGGGAGCCCUAGAAACGACGACGGCGACGGUAGCAAAACGUUGCUGUUUAAAAGUCUUCGUGUUUUUUCAAACUUCUUCGCGAUUAUUUUCAUUCGUUUAAAUUGUCAAAUGUAGAUAAAUUUCCCAAAAAUUGAAUUCUUGGGGGGACUGAACCAAAGUUUAGAACUAGAAAGUAAAAGUCGUCGUGGUCAAUUGAAGUCCUCCACAAAAUGUCUCGUGAGGAAUUUCACCUUAUAGUCGUGUAGCUAAGAAAGGUACAAAAAAGUAUUCUGCACGUGUUGCUUAUUAAACCUACUGCUUCUUUGAAGUUAUCGUCUCCGUCGCCGUCGUCGUUGCUAAUAAGCUCCCUAUUGUCGGGAUGAAGGGAUAAAUUCAAAGCCGAUCCAAAAGUAGUCUUUAGGAGCAGAGUCCUAUUAAACAAUUACGUGAAGCUGAAUGUGUCCCAAGUUCUUUUAACCUCCAUUGUAGUGGUCAGCGUACAAGACUUACAAUCUUACAAUCUUUGACAGUCUCAAAGCCUUUAGCUUGGGACAGGUGCUUUGCUAAUCCAUUAAAAACUGUAAAGCAUUGAACAUUUUCACCAACCCUUGACGCGACCAUAAAAAGCUAGUAGUAUUAACGAGGCUCUCACAUAAGAAAAAAGAUUGUUAAAGUGGUUUCAUAAUUUGGUUGAGAGAGUGUGGUCUUAGAGACUUACUCCGUGUAUUUCUUAAUGGGAUGGUUGUUAGGAGGAUUCUACUGUAUUAAUUAUUACACUAUCCAUAUUCUCUCCAGAUUCCUCUCUUUCUUUUCCUCUCCUCGGAGGGCCAAUUAUCGGCGGCAUUUGAUCCCCUUACAUCACAUACUGCAGGUCUUAACCAUUCCAUAUACAGGUUACACAAGAGUAUACUCUGCGAUGCGCAGUCAUUGUUAUUGGAUAAUGAUUUCAUUUUUCUUUCGUAGUCGCGACUCCAAAUCAUGGAAAAUACGUUAUUUCCCAUCUCAUCAAUAAUUUUUUGGUUUCAUUACAGUUGCUCCGCAAAAUAACUCAGCUGUUUCAAACGCAUCCAGUGUGACCGCCGAUCAGUUUGGUAAGUUUGUGUGCUCCACGUCGCUUACAAGGGUUAUUAAAAAAUAAGGUUGAUUUUGGUGAAGAACCCUUAAGUCUGAAAAAAGAAGCCUCCUAAUACAAAUUAUAUGUAUAGGCUGUCCAUUGCCUCCGACUAAGACUGUCCUGCAGAGCGUUGUUUGCUAUAGGAGGCCCGUAUGUGGACCAAAAUACCUUCUAUAGAGAGGGAUAAGCAAUGGCAAUGUGCGCGCUUUAUGAAGUUUGUCUGGUCUGUUGACGAAUGUCUUUUUUCGUGUGCCUUACUCAUAAUCCAUUCGUUGCGUCUUCUCAGUUGCUGCGAUUGACUCCUUUACGUUGGGGCUAUAAAAUGUGGUCCCCACAUGUGAGGAUGCGUACUCCGUUGUUUUUCAUUCGUCUUUUGAGCACAUCGUAAAAACCUAGUUUCUGACUGCGAUGUGUUCUCUUGUCUCUGUACCAUACUGCUUUUGAACCAAUAUGAACUUCCCGGAGAGGCUGCGAAGCGGUACUGUCAGCUUCGAUUAUGAAAUGUAUUAUGGAGGUCCCCAUAAGUAGCUAGUGGUCCGAUUGGCCAAUAAUAUCGAUCAUUGUUUAAGCCGGGGAGCUUUUGAAAUAUUGAGGGAGCCUCCGAAGCCCCCUCCCCCCCCCCCCCCCCCCCGGCGCAGGGAAAAAAAAACAACGACAUCUAGUGGUAUAUACAAAAUAGUGUGUGUGUAUGUAUAUAAUUUGAACCAAGAUGAAAUCCCCGGGGGGGCGGCGAAGCGGUACUGUCAGCUUUGAAUAUGAAAAUUAUUAUGGGGGGCCCCAUAAGGGGCUAGGGGGCCGAUUUGCCAAAAAAAUCGGUCCUUGUUUAAGCCGGGGAGCUUUUGAAAAUUUGGGGGAGCCCCCGAAGCCCCCCCCCCCCCCCCCCGGUCGCAGGAGGCAAAAAAAAAGCCCACUCUGAAUUGGGUUAAAGGCCAUGGUUAAUUGAUCGAGUUACGUUAGCAUUUCUUUAAAAAAAAACCUUUUUUGCAGGACAAACGUCGAGUACACCAACAAGUUCUUCUGGUACGGGCCAACUUUCUACACCCCCUGGAUACACAGGAGGACUCAUUCCUUUACCAGAGGGUAAAUUCUUUAAUAAUGAGUUGAGAUGUUAGGAAUUACGUCCGACGCAUGCGUUUUAUAAGAAACUUGACCAAGGUUUUAAAGGGACAGGUUAACGGUUCAGCGCAUGCUCAUUUAUCAAUAUGCUAUUUUUCUGCUGGGACAUAUUGUAUCGUCUAUGCAAGCAAAAUGAUCAUGUCACAAUGUUGUCAAAGAACCAAUCUGCACACUCCUCCGGCAGUCACUUGCACUAGAAAAAAAUGUUUGCAAAUAGCUGUAAAUUAAUCAACAUGGAAUAAAACCUUCGGGUCAACAAUAAAUUCAACGUUGAUAGUGUUGGCAUAAUCCAUUAGUUUAUCUGCGAUUUUAGUACUCCUCCAUCCUACUUCAGGUUACUCUGAAAUACACUUCUACUGUGAAAUACACUCUGAGAUCGCCGAGAUAGAUGUGAGUGGGAUUGGGAUUAUUAACCGGUAGAAUUAAUAAUAAAUUGGAAAAAAGUAAUUUAAUUAAUGAGCAUGCGCUUAACCGUGAACCUGUCCCUGUCUCCUGUGAUUUGCGAUUGACCAUUGAUUUUAUAGGAAUUCCCAAGUCAUGCGCAGAAAUCCGUUCGUCUGGAAUUGGUUCCCAGGACGGCGAAUACGUUAUUCAGGCGCGGCCAAACUGCCACUUGAACAUCAUCUGUCAGAACAUGGAUGAACCCAGCCCGAUUGAGUUCCUUGGUGGGCCUCAGCAGAGAUACUGGCUGUACUGGCAUUAUGCUAUACUUAUAAGACUUUCUGCCUAUGACAAACAACACGUGGACAAAAGGGCGUGUCUGGAAAAUUCAGGUAAGAACAUGGAGCAUAUUAUUAUAAUUAGCGGCGCAAUUCACUUCAAAACGAAUUGAUGAUUGAUGACAUAGCUUUCCUUUCACACGUUUUAUGCGUGGCAUACAGUAAAAACCCUCACGUAAGAACCUGCAGUUAUUCUAAGUUAGCCUAAAUAGGUUUUUACAUUAAUCAUAACUAGCACAAAUUUAGGCUAUUUAGGUUCUUAUUUUCUAAAGAAAAAAAUACAUUGAAGCUAAGAGCAUUUAGGGGUAUUCAGCUUAUUCCUUAUAUAAAAUCUGCAUACAUAUCAAACGUAACGCGGUUAAGAAUUCCUACUGGCCUGAGGCAAAUCAGCUGUCUAUUUACCAACGUGAUCGAGGAUUUGAACUCGGGACUACCAUGAACAAAUCCAGCUAGUGGUCAGGGCGAGACUUAAACUCGGGGCCUCCGAAUUGCAAGUCCAGCGCUCUAACCGCUCGGUCAAGCUGCCUCCACGUACUUUGUUACGCCAGAACAAAAUUGUUUUGACAAGUGAGACUGGCAAGUCAGCCGUUUCCUUUCUUUUAAGUGUUUAAAAACACUUCGUACACCUUCACUACAGUUAGCCAAUAGGUAGUCGAUUUCUGAACUUAAAGAAACAAGAUUUGAAGUACUUUGCUAAAUUUUGGAAAUUGGCUCUUGCGUCUGACCACGUACGAAGAUGGGCAAUCGUGAAACCAACAUAUUGUUGAAACUAAGCGCAGCUGCAAGGUGAAAGACUCUUUUAGACAAAUAUUUACCAACACAAAUAAUUAUCGAGAAAAAUUUGAGUUAGUUACUUCUUAAUUCUUAACAAUAAAUGUCCCCUCUGCAAGACUUAAAGAAAUGACGCAACCGAUAGUUAAAAAUUUUCAUUCCUGUUCUCAUUAGCUGAGGGUCGUGAGUUUAUCAACAAGGUGAUGGACGCAGGUAUCAAACAAGGAAAUCCGCUUGUUCACUGGAAAACCAACAUUAAACGUAUGAUCAAUAGUUUUAUUGGCAAGAUGAAGAAAAAGAGAGACCUUUCUGAUGUUACAUUGAGCACAAAAGCUAUGAAGAUUUACAAGAGGUGA